AUGUCCAGCUGCUUUAAGACACUCGCUUUUCUUUCUUCUGGUUGCAUCAGGGCUUGCAGCAUAACUAUGUUGGGUGCAUCCAAUAUGUUUAUACAAUGCCACCCAGGCACGAUGACAUUCAUUUCACUAUGUAAUGCUCUAUUAAUCACUAAUGAUAGAUCCAGUGGCCAAUUUGUUGCCUGUGGAAGAGGGUCCAAUGGUUGGGAUUACAGAGGACUGCUCGUCGAUGAAAGCAUGAUCGUGCUGAGGAAGCGCAUUCAUGAGAUGAAGGUGAUGGAGCGUAACUACGAGCCUCCUGCAGAAUGGAUGGAGUUGGAGAAGCAAUAUUAUGUGUGCUAUGAUGAAUUUGUUUGUAAAUUUGUUGGGUUUCUACAAACACAGUUGAUGAAUACAAGGCCUAGUAUGGCUCUUGGGAUGCUGGUGAUCAUCACCAUUAGUGUCCCAACAUCGGCACUUGUGAUCGUGGCGCGUUUGAUCGAGGCAGCUCAUGGGGUUUUGCCAGGAUUUCAUCUUAGUUGA